CAUAAUAAGAAACGCGCAUGCGUGGAGCCCUGGAAACAAACUGGAUUGGCUGUCUGUAGACUUGUGGAAGUCGCUGUUGUUUUUGCUCUGCUGUCAAAUUGUUCUCAGGCCAAAUAAUUUCAAGCUUAUUCAAUCGUACAAUUUAUAAAAAAUGCCCAACAUCAAAUUGCAGUCUUCAGACGGAGAAACCUUUGAGGUGGACGUCGAGAUAGCAAAAUGCUCCGUAACGAUCAAGACCAUGUUAGAAGAUCUAGGUAUGGACGAUGAGGAGGAAGAAGUAGUACCUUUGCCAAACGUGAAUUCCGCGAUUUUGCGUAAGGUUAUACAAUGGGCUACUUAUCACAAAGAUGAUCCACCUCCACCAGAAGACGACGAAAACAAAGAAAAGCGAACCGAUGAUAUCUCCUCCUGGGAUGCCGACUUUCUGAAAGUCGAUCAAGGUACUUUGUUCGAACUCAUACUAUCAGCUAACUAUCUGGAUAUCAAAGGACUGCUCGACGUGACUUGCAAGACCGUUGCGAACAUGAUCAAAGGCAAAGCACCCGAGGAGAUACGUAAAACAUUUAACAUUAAGAAUGAUUUUACUGCUUCUGAAGAGGAACAGGUUCGUAAGGAAAAUGAAUGGUGUGAAGAAAAGUGAAGUUUUGAUAUUUUUAUUUCGUAACCGUAUCCCAUUAUUAAUUUAUUUUUGUAUUUACCUUGAUAAGGUCGUAGAUUUAAAUAGCCUCUUAUGAAUUUCAGUGUUAUAAAUUGUUUCACCAAAUUAAUCCGUGUAAUACAUUAAUGGAAUAAAAUAAAUGUGUUUUUAUAAA